CGGUACAUCCGGAUUGAGGAGGGUAGACCCGACACAGAGGAACUGACAGAGCACGGCGACAUGGCCUCGCCAUUCCUACCCACGGGGGCCACCACGGGCGACAGCGGCGGAGAACUCAGCUCGGGGGACGACUCCGGAGAUGUCGGUGAAUCGUUCCAGAGUGCCGAAACCGAGACAUCCAGGAACCUGACGGAGCUGUUCGAGAAGGCUGCAGCGCACCUCCAAGGCCUGAUUCAGGUGGCCAGCAGGGAGCAGCUCCUGUACCUGUAUGCCCGGUACAAGCAGGUCAAAGUUGGAAAUUGCAAUACUCCUAAACCAAGCUUCUUUGAUUUUGAAGGAAAGCAAAAAUGGGAAGCAUGGAAAGCACUUGGUGAUUCAAGCCCCAGCCAGGCAAUGCAAGAAUAUAUCGCAGUAGUUAAGAAAUUAGAUCCAGGUUGGAAUCCUCAGACCCCAGUGAAGAAAGGUAAAGAAGCAAAUGCUGGGUUUGGCGGACCAGUUGUUAGUUCACUGUAUCAUGAAGAAAUCAUCAGGGAAGAAGACAAAAACAUAUUCGAUUACUGCAGGGAAAACAACAUUGACCAUAUAACCAAGGCCAUUAAGUCAAAACAUGUGGAUGUGAAUAUGAAAGAUGAAGAGGGCAGAGCUCUACUCCAUUGGGCAUGUGACCGAGGCCAUAAGGAAUUAGUCACAGUCUUGCUACAAUACAGAGCUGAUAUAAACUGUCAGGACAAUGAAGGUCAAACAGCUCUGCAUUAUGCCUCUGCCUGUGAGUUUUUAGACAUCGUGGAGCUGCUGCUGCAGUCUGGCGCUGACCCCACACUCCGUGACCAGGACGGUUGCCUGCCGGAAGAGGUGACGGACUGUAAGGCGGUGUCUUUGGUGCUGCAGCAGCACACAGCCAGCAAGGCCACAGUGUACUCAGCAUAG